AGAGGCGAGAGAUUUUAGGAGAGAGAGCAAAGAGAAUAGCGCCUUCCACAAUACGACGACGAGACCCUUCUUCUAAAUUCGGUGACGUGGGCCCACGCAUGUUUAACCUCCUCCUCCUGGUUUCAUCUAAAACCGCCAAAUGGCUUGCAGAAAGCAGUUUUCCGUAUCAUAACCGGUUUUAAAGCUACUAAAACCGGUUUUAUUGUCUUCGUUCUCCAUAAAUAACGCCUUUCCCGAGCUUAUUCUCGUUACACUCACUGUUUGCUACCUUAAGCUCUUGCUUUUUCGAGUUUCUCUCUCUUAAACCCCAAGAUGAGUUCAGGCAAGAAGAUCAAGAUCGGGAUCAAUGGAUUUGGAAGAAUUGGUCGAUUGGUUGCUAGGGUCGCUUUGCAAAGUGAUGAAGUUGAACUUGUUGGUAUCAAUGAUCCAUUCAUCACAACUGAUUACAUGAUCUACAUGUUCAAGUAUGACAGUGUUCAUGGACAAUGGAAGCACCAUGAUCUUAAGUUAAAAGACUCAAAAACCCUCCUAUUUGGGGAUAAACCAGUUACAGUAUUCGGGGUCAGAAACCCUGAAGAGAUACCAUGGGGUGAGACUGGAGCUGACUUUGUUGUUGAAUCCACUGGAGUCUUCACUGACAAGGACAAGGCAGCUGCCCACCUUAAGGCUGUGGGCAAAGUGUUGCCUUCUUUAAAUGGGAAGUUGACCGGUAUGGCAUUCCGUGUGCCAACAGUCGAUGUUUCGGUUGUUGACCUUACUGUUAGGCUUGAGAAGGCGGCCACCUAUGAACAGAUCAAAGCUGCCAUCAAGGAGGAGUCGGAGGGGAAGUUGAAGCGGAUCUUGGGCUACACCGAGGAUGAUGUCGUCUCCACCGAUUUCGUGGGAGACAGCCGGUCAAGCAUCUUCGAUGCCAAGGCAGGAAUAGCACUGAACGACAACUUUAUGAAGCUCGUCAUGUGGUACGACAAUGAGUGGGGCUACAGCUCACGGGUUAUCGAUCUUAUCUGUCACAUGGCAUCCGUUGCUCGCUAAGGAAAUGGAAGUUUUAUUAAGAUGAGGGAGCUCUUUUCCUUUUGGUUUGGUGUUUAAAAUCUCUGUAGGGAAUUUAUCGAGAUACCCACAAGAGAGAUUAUCUAGUAUCUUACCCAUUUACAACUACUCCCUCUCAACAUUAUGCGUUUUAUUUUUAUUUUUAGUUUUUUUAUGAGAAUGAGGGGGCGGUGCCUGGAACGACGCCCGGGCAGACUUGCCUUUCAGCGUACGGCCUCUGGCAAAACUUGCGUACGAAGACAUUGAUAUUAUGAAAUAAAAUAAAAAAUAUAGGUGAAAGUGUUAGUUGUUAUCA